CUCUCUACCCGCUGAAUAAAGUGUAGCCUUCGGAAAUAGCCGUGCCUCCCUUUACUUCGUCAGAGAACCCUAACAACGCCGCCACUUUCGCCGCCGUCGACCGUCUCCAUCCACCGUCACUAUGGCGGCCGCUUCUUCAGCGCCGACGUCCUCAAUCGUAUUCAGACGAUCUACUUCCUCAAAUCAGCCGAAGUUUCUCUCCAGAUACACCAUCACUUUCUCUCGCAAUCCAGAAAGGUCCUCCGCCGCCGCCUCAAUCCCUCGCCGGCGACCGCUCCAGAUUUCAAAUGUUCUCUCUUCUCCGGGCAAAAACCUCCGCCAGGAGGAGGCGUUCCUCUCCCGAUUCGCCGACGACGAGCCUCGAAAAGGCUCCGACGUUUUAGUCGAGGCUCUCGAGCGCGAAGGCGUAACCGACGUCUUCGCCUACCCCGGCGGCGCGUCGAUGGAGAUCCACCAAGCCCUAACUCGCUCCAAAACCAUCCGUAACGUCCUCCCCCGCCACGAGCAGGGCGGCGUCUUCGCCGCCGAGGGUUACGCCCGCGCAACCGGUCGCCCCGGCGUCUGUAUCGCCACAUCUGGCCCCGGCGCCACCAAUUUGGUCUCCGGCCUCGCCGACGCCCUCCUCGACAGCGUACCGCUCGUCGCCAUCACCGGCCAGGUCCCCCGCCGCAUGAUCGGUACGGACGCCUUCCAGGAAACUCCAAUUGUUGAGGUAACAAGGUCUAUCACAAAGCACAAUUAUCUCGUAAUGGAUGUCGAUGAUAUUCCUCGAAUUGUUAAAGAAGCAUUCUACAUUGCACGAUCUGGUCGCCCUGGCCCUGUUUUGAUCGAUGUUCCUAAGGAUAUUCAGCAACAAAUGGUGGUUCCUAAUUGGAACCAACCUAUGAGAUUAAACGGCUACUUGUCUAGAUUGCCUAGGCCGCCGCCGGAGGCAGCGUUAGAACAGAUUCUGAGGUUCUUAUCGGAAUCGAAACGGCCGGUCCUCUACGUCGGCGGCGGUUGUUUGAAUUCAAGCAAUGAAUUGAGGAAGUUCGUCGAGCUAACUGGUGUCCCCGUUGCAAGCACAUUGAUGGGGUUGGGAUGUUAUCCUGGAUCAGACGAAGAACACGCAUUACAAAUGUUGGGAAUGCACGGGACAGUUUACGCGAAUUACGCUGUGGAUAAGAGUGAUUUGUUGCUAGCAUUUGGCGUCAGGUUCGACGAUCGUGUCACCGGCAAGUUGGAGGCGUUCGCGAGCCGAGCGAAGAUUGUGCACAUUGAUAUCGAUUCGGCUGAAAUCGGGAAGAACAAGCAGCCACAUGUUUCGAUUUGCGCCGACAUUAGAUUAGCUUUAGAGGGUUUGAAUUCGAUUCUUGAAGAUCGAUCGAAAGGGGGUAAGAUCAAGCUCGACUUUUCGGCGUGGAGGCAAGAGCUGAAUGAGCAGAAAACUAAGUUCCCGUUAACGUUCAAGACGUUUGACGACGCGAUUCCUCCGCAGUAUGCAAUCCAAACGCUCGACGAACUUACAGGAGGAAAUGCGAUCAUCAGCACGGGAGUCGGGCAGCAUCAGAUGUGGGCAGCUCAGUUCUACAAGUACAACAAACCCCGGCAAUGGCUGACGUCCGGCGGAUUAGGCGCGAUGGGCUUCGGGCUCCCUGCCGCGAUUGGAGCCGCCGUCGCCAGGCCCGAUUCGGUCGUCGUUGACAUUGACGGCGACGGCAGCUUCAUAAUGAACGUGCAGGAACUCGCAACGAUCCGCGUCGAGAAUCUUCCGGUGAAGAUCAUGCUGCUGAACAACCAGCAUUUGGGAAUGGUGGUGCAAUGGGAGGAUCGAUUCUACAAGUCGAACCGGGCGCACACGUAUCUCGGAAACCCGGCGAACGACGCGGACAUAUUCCCGAAUAUGCUGAAAUUUGCCGACGCCUGCGGCGUUCCGGCAGCACGGGUGACGAGGAAGGAGGAUCUGAGGGCGGCGAUACAGACGAUGCUGGAGACUCCCGGGCCGUACUUGUUGGACGUGAUCGUGCCGCAUCAAGAACACGUUUUGCCGAUGAUCCCGAGCGGUGGGGCGUUUAAGGAUGUGAUAACGGAGGGCGACGGGAGGACGAAGUGGUAAAAGGUAAGAAAGAUAGUUUGUCUUGUUCUUUUUAGUUACUUUACUUUACUUACGGGUGAUAUCAUGAUAUGAGUUAUUUGUAGUUUGUUUGGUUGUUAUGUUUUGGUUUUUAUCGUGUUCUAUGGGAAUGGCUAGUUUUUACUUGUAUUGGUUUUUUAAUGGUAAUAAUGUCGAGGUUAAGGUUAAGGUGGUUUGGCUAAACUUGGGCUUUUGUUAUAGGAUUUGUGCUUAUGGCAAUGGGGAAUGAAUGAAUGUAUUUUAGUAAGACAAAUAAUAUAUGAUCUGUAUACGAACUGUUGCACAAUGCAAUGACGUUGAUAAUAUGUGGCCGUUGGUUAAUUUCUAA